AUGUCUCUGGCUGCUAGAGUACGGAGUUCAGCAGUCCAAAGUGAACUGAUAAUAGGCUCCAUCUCCGACACGAGACCACUCCUCAAAAGCAGAGAGUAUGCAAAUAGGGAACUGGCAGCGCAAUUUGAACAAUCUGAGGACGAAAUAUCAGUGACUUCUACAAGAACUUCAUCUAGUAGGUCCAAAAAGCCAAGUCGAUUGGACAAAUUAGAGAAAGGACAGCGUAAAUUGGAAAAUAUGAUGGAACAAUUUAUCAAGAGUUUUCAACCAGAAGAUCACUUGUAUACGGGCUCGGAAAAGGUCUCAACUGCCCCAGAGCCAUCAGAGGAUGAAGAAAAUGUCCCUCAGCUUUCAGCGUUAUCACCAAAGCCCUAA